AUGGUCUUUAUUCAUUCCCCCAGCCCUCUCUUUUGGGAUGUAUGGACAGUGCAUGGCUGCUUCUUCCCCUUUGCAUCCCAGAAGGCUGCUCAGAGAUGCAGAGAUAAGCACCACACCACGGACAAGAGCUAUUCGCGCCACCAUUAAACUCAGCUUCAAGUCCAGCACCUCCGACACUUGUGCCUUCAGCUGCCUGCAACCACAAUGGACUCAGCUUCCAGUUUCUAAGGCGACAACGAAGAAAUAUCAAGCAAAUUUGAGGGAGGAGCCUCCCAAUUCAGCCCAGAAAAGAGGAACCCUUGCUGGUGCAGUUGCUCUGAUUAUUGGAACCAGUAUUGGUUCUGGGAUUCUUGCUCUCCCUCAGAAAACCUCCCCCGCGGGGUUGCUUCCAAGCUCAAUAACCUUGAUAACAUGUUGGGCUUUCCUCUUAAUCGAAGCACUUCUGCUAGUCGAAAUCAAUGUCGGACUACUGAGAAAGAGGGAAAAGAGGGCAGAAGAGGAUGAGCUUGAGGUGAUCUCCAUCAGAACCAUGGCUCAAGAGACACUAGGAGAGUGGGGUGGAACUCUAGCCACUGUUACCUAUGUUUUCUUGGGUUACACUUCCAUGGUUGCCUAUGCUUCCAAGUCCGGUGAGAUCCUUUACCACCUAGUCAAUAUUCCAGAGUCGAUCUCUGGCUUCUUCUUCAGCGUCUUCUUCACCCUUCUCAUUUCCAUUGGAGGAACUCAUGCCACUGAUCAAGUCAACCAAUGGCUCACAGCUACUAUGAUAGGUUUGCUACUGGGAAUCGAGAUUCUAGCUGUUUUGCUCGGGGGGUUGUCGGGAAUGGAGGGAGCCAGUGACUGGGGAAAAGUUCCGGCCACCAUUCCAGUGAUCAUAUUUUCUUUGGUCUAUCAUGAUAUAGCUCCUGUUGUGUGUGCGUAUCUGGGAGGUGAUCUACCAAGAAUAAGGGCUUCAGUUUUGCUUGGCAGUGUUGUGCCAUUGCUGGCAUUGCUUUUAUGGGAUGGAAUAGCACUUGGUUUAUCGGCUCAGGCAGACCAAGUUGCUGAUCCUGUUCAAUUGUUCAUGAGCGUAAGAUGGAGUGGCAUUUCAUUUUUGGUCGAGGCAUUCUCGCUCCUGGCAGUUGGGACAUCGCUACUUGGCACUCUGCUCAGUUUCACCGAGUUCUUCAAGGAGCAACUUAAUGGUUUGUCCAGGCAGUCUCCUGCAGGACAGGAACCAAAAAAGCUAGCUGGCCCAAGAAAAUGGUGGGGAAGAAACAAAGUUAGCUUCACGGCGACAGCAAUGGUGAUUGCUCCACCUCUUGUUGUGUCGGCAACAGUUCCAGAUGCAUUCUCUGCGGCUACAGACAUUGCUGGCGGCUAUUGUAUGACAAUGCUAUUUGGAGUUCUUCCACCAGCAAUGGCCUGGGCUAUGCAAAACAAAGAAAGUGAGGACGAAACAGAGAAGAGGGGAAUAUCAGCGGCAAUGCCUGCUCUACUUGGAGUAGGAUUACUUGCCUGUGGGAUAGUUGUGGAGCAAAUCCUGCAAGAUCUCUCAAUGUUGCACAACUAAGGUAUAAUUGUGUACUUCGUAUUAAGACUUGCAAGGAUUCAUGCAAUAGAUUACAAGUAUAGAACUAAAGACAUUGAAGUGAUGGAAUCAGCAUCCUCAUAUGUUUCAACAGAACAUGAUUUGGUGACCAAAAGAGACUGAAACUCUCAGAGGACUCAGCAUUAUUUAGUAAACUAGAACUCCGCUUCCCAUAUAUCCUAAACAGCCUCGCUUUCUUUCAGAGUAAACAGAGGACUAAAAGAUAAGAGCUAAAAACAACUGUACUGACCCAGAUCGUAUAUUGAGGAUAAUGUUUUCUUGGUGCCCGCUAUGCUUAAGGAAAUGGCAAACCAAAUUUCCCUUUUCAUGGCUCACGAGAAACUUGGAACUUUCUUGGACCACCCAAUAAAAAGCUUACUUGUUUCUGAGUUCCUGAACUAAAAACAAGAGAACUAACCUGUACAACAGAAAUCAAGAUAGAAAAUUUCCAUUUUUCUUUUAAAGCAGUUGGAUGAGAAGGAAGCAUCAACAAAGGACAUGGUUUAGAAUCAUGGGUAUGUCACGUGAAAGAAGUUUGUGUGUGUGUGUCAUAAUGUUCUCAAGCGACAUUACAUUACCAAU